AUGGUCCAAUACGUCAUCACACCCUGGCGCCACGCCCGCGAUCUCCUCGCCGUCCGCGCAGAUUUCUAUCCCGGUCCCCGCAGACAGGACUUGGACGUAGUUAGGGAGCGGCGCCACGCCGCCGCAGCGAGGGUCGCGGUGUGGAUGCAGCGGGGUAACUGCCCGCACCUGGUGGAGAGCACAGCGCUGCUGACGGCGGCGAUGCUGAAUGAUGGGAAGGGGAACGCGACUUACUGUGUCAGGGCGGCAUUCGUCACAGGUCUCCUCGAUAGCCACCAAGACAAGCGCCGGAAGCUGAGCAUGUACUCAAUCGCCAAAACCAUCGGCCUACCCGCGACUUACGUCGAGCUCCGCCACCAGGUCACCCACGAAGAGCUACCCUCACUCUCCAAGCUCCGUACCGCUACUCAGAAAGCGCUGCACUGGAUAUGGGACUACUACUGGGCCAAGCUCCCAGACGCACCCACUCCUCAGGAAGAAUGCUACGUGUUCAUGCAGAGACUCUUCGAGGCGAGAGCCACACCGUUCUACGCCGCGCUGGAGCAGUCCUUGGACAACUGGGCUCCAGAGCAGCUGCUGGAGGCGCUGUGGGCGGUUGACACUGGUGGCGCCCCGCUCUUCUCGGGGGGGCUGGGCGAUUCCUGGGAGCUGCGAAUCCAGAAUCGUAUUCUGAAGGAGGAAGGGGCUCUGCUCGUUGACGCAUCGCCAGGCGGGGAGGUCAAAGCCGUGAGUAGCAUCGAGGAGGUCAGAGCGGAAAUGGAGAUGAUGAACAGGGAACUGGAUGCUGAGGAUGUACGAAAGCCCCAGGAGGCAGCCGGCCAUCCUGCCAAGGGUAAAGGCUGGGCGUUAUGGGAGGGUCCCUGGGUACCGAAACCGAUUGGGACGAUCUGA